AUAUUGUAAACAGUUGUAGUCUUAUGAUAACCUGCUUGUUCGAUGAAGAUGAAGUGGGUGUGUGUGGUUUGUGCAUUCCUUCUAUCCCAAGCCUUUUCACAAGAAGAAAACAUCAUUGAUUUAGCUAAGAAGCUUGGUGCCUCAACUCUUCUCCAGUUUGUACAAGAUGCUGGAUUGACGGAUGUGUUGUCUUCAAAAGGUCCGUUCACUCUGUUUGCCCCGAGUGAUGCAGCUUUCUCUUCACUCUCACCAGACGUCAUUCAGAAACUUAAAUCUGACAAGCAGUUACUGACCAGCGUUUUAUUUGCACACAUUGUCAACAAGACCAUGUUAUCAAAAUCUCUGAAAGAUGAUGAACUUGUACCAUCCAUGAACAAGGACGUCGGUAUAAGGAUAAACAAAUAUCUACCAAGAUUUGUCAGGCCAAUACCUCCGCCAACGGUCACUGCAAACGGCUGCCAAGUCACUCUGGUUGAUCAGAAGGCAACAAACGGGGUCAUUCAAGUCAUUUCCAGAGUUAUGUACCCUUUUCCUUUGAAGGAGAAUAUUGUAGAGACGGUUCACAAUACUAGUUCUCUAUCUACUCUGUAUAAAGCAAUGAUUGCGACGGGUGUAAGCGACAUUAUUGCAGAUGGCGGUCCAUUUACUUUGUUUGCGCCUCCCGAUGAUGCAUUUAAUAAGCUGCCACCAGGAACAGUAGACUCAUUACUGAAAAACAAAACAGCGGCAGAACGUGUUGUAACUUAUCAUUUAAUUGGUGGAAGUAAAUACAAAGUUGGUCUGCUGCCUUACAACACGUCACAUCCUGGGAUUCAUGACACAUUCCUGCCUACCAUAGAGGGAGGACAACUUGUUUUCACUCUCGAUGUAGACGGUUUAUUGAUUAUUGAUCGAAAGUACAAAAUCGUGAAGACGGACAUGACAGUCAGCAAUGGAGUCAUCCACACCAUUGACUCUGUUAUGAUACCUCCCCCAUUUCCUUAGAAUUUAAAGAAAUAUAAU